AGGAAUCAUUCAUUAAUUCUGCUGGUCGUGGCAGUGAUCUAUUACUCUUAACAUAAAAUGUACACUGAGUCGGUGGGGCCCAAUGCCUUCCUACUUUCAGCGACAGACUCUCGCUGCCUUAUACCGUCGCCAUCGUCAGUGGAUAAUGUCUACGGUGGCAUCCCGUAUUUCCUAUUUGCUCGUUCCUCCUUGUCAUGAGUCGGCCGACCAUCUUACGCAGUAACGUUCAGCUCUAUCUCACCAACUCAUGCAAGAUGACAAUGUUGCAUGGUGAGAGCAGGUAUCCAAACCCUCUUGUCUUCAAUCUGGACCGAAUCCUCAAGGAUGACUUCCGGAACGCAGGUGUUCCUGAUCCUGAAGUAUCUUUGGUUUUGGAAGGAGACUUCGCCUUGGACAGCUGGACGUUUCAUGGCAAAGGAGUCGAUGUGGAUUGCAAUUGCAUCUCUGCUUACAACCUUCGAGUUCCUCAAAUCCAUUGGACCGGAUGGCAGUCCCAUUACACCUAAAGAAGAAUAUGUUGCUGGAUUUCUCAGGUAUUUGAUGAUUGCUUGGCACGCUGAGUGCUCUAACAUGGCGGGGUUUUAUCAUCCACUGCGUCAUCCGAAACCUUUCCUCUGUGACAUUCGCCCGCGAUCAGAGGAACGCGUAGCUCUUAUUUUGACAAAUGAAAGUGACGUUUAGGGCUCGGAUCUUGUUCUUCUAUACGAUAUCUGCUCAAUGUGGUUAAACAAAUUCUGAAUUCGGACAGAUAGUACACAUCCCUCCAUGGAGAAAUAUGGAAGCUGAAGAAGCAUCUAAACACAGUUAUAAUCACGAUCGUCUCCGCAGGGUGAUUCGCGAUCCGCAUUGAGAGUGCGGCCUGCCACGACAUCAGAUUCAGUGUUACUCAAUGCACAUACCGCCAUGAGGAGUGUUUGCUUUCUCUGCAAUAAAAUGCUCUCAAACUGUUAUGCAGCGACUUAUGGCGUGAAAUAGGGUUUUGGUAGUCUGAUACGCUGCCGAUCCCUAUCAAGACGACAGCGUGAGAUGAGCGGUUUCAGUGAGGAGUUAUAAAUCUCCUUCGCUGACUGUCAACGAUGUCGCUUUCAUCCCUACCGAAGUCGGUGGGAACCAUGGGGUUCACCUUGUUGAAUAUUGCGAUCUGUUCUGCUGCGCUACUCGCUUUUCACUGGUUGUACUCUAGGCGCGGGUCUCGACACUCGAGUCCACCUAGUCUUCCCGGACUUCCCAUCAUUGGGAACCUCAGAGACUUGCAAGCACAUGAGAAUUGGUUGACCUUCUUUCGAUGGGGAAAGGCAAACAAUUCUGAUCUCAUCCACCUACGUUCAUUUGGAACUGACUUUGUGGUGGUCAACACUCUCGAAAUCGCCACUGACCUCUUCGAUAAAAGAUCUUCAAUCUACAAUGAUCGCCCUCGAUAUACAAUGCUAAAUGAGCUGGUUGGGUUUGAAUGGUUGAUUGGUCUUAUUCCCUACGGCGACCUAUGGAAGGAUACCAGAAGAAGUUUCCACCGAGAGAUUGGUUCUGUUGGGCUCAAGCGUUUUACUAAUAUAGAGCUUGCUGCCUCACGACAACUUCUCAGGCGACUUCGUUCAUCUCCCGAGGCAUAUAUGAAGCACAUCAGACACAUGGCCGGUCGCAUCAUCAUGCGUAUAGCUUAUGGAAUAGAGAUCAAAGAAGAGAACGACGUGUACAUAGAUAUCGCUGAGGAGGCAAUGCAGGCUUUCAGUGCUUGUACAAAUGCAGGAUCAUUCCUGGUCGAUCUCAUGCCCAUAUUGAAGUAUCUGCCCGAAUGGUUUCCUGGCUCAGACUUCAAACAGCUUGCAAAAGCCUGGCGUGUACCAGUGACUGCAAUGUUAGACCGUCCAUUCGAGUUCGUCAAGAAGCAUACGGAAUUGGAUGAUAUACCCACUUGUGCGGCAGUGACAUUACGUGAAGAUAUGAAGAAGAGAGAUGUAGAUCCUGCAUAUGCAGACUACGUUGCGAAGGCAACGUUGGCAUCCAUGUACGCCGGAGGAGCUGAUACGACCGUUUCCACUCUAAGUUCAUUCGUUCUGGCUAUGACUCUAUAUCCUGACGUCCAAGUGAGAGCCCAGGAAGAGAUCGAUCGUGUCAUCGGUGCAGGUCGACUACCUGAUUUCAGUGAUCGUAAUUCUCUACCAUAUGUUGAGGCAGUCGUGCGCGAAUCUUUACGCUGGCAUCCCGUGUUACCAAUAGCCUCUCCGCACCGCCUCUUGCAAGAUGAUGAAUACAAUGGCUAUUUCCUUCCAAAGGGCACCUUUGUAAUCGGAAACAUAUGGGCUAUGUUGCAUGACCCCAUGGUGUACCCGGAUCCCGGAGCAUUCAAGCCCGAGAGGUUCCUGAAGGACGGGGUGAUAGACCCAACUGUGCGAGAUCCGACUGUUGCAUGUUUUGGUUUCGGGCGGAGGAUAUGCCCAGGCCGGCUUUUAGCGAAGGAGUCGGUCUGGAUUACUGUCGCAUCUCUUUUGGCAACAUACAAGUUUUCAAAGGCGAUUGGGCCUGAUGGAAAACCUAUCACUCCGAAAGAAGAUUAUAUCCCAGGAACAAUUAGUUACCCUAAACCAUUUGCAUGCGACAUGCGACCCCGUUCUGCGGAAUACGAGGCCUUGAUUAUGGCCUCGUCGAAUGAAGACUAAAUACACGAAUCUCUAUGUAAUGCCGAAUUGGAUGUGGCACACUAUCUUUAGAUCUGUUCCGUGUCAACAGUCGAAAUGUUAGCUACACAGUUUUUUUCAAUACUGAUUGUAUUGGAGUUUC